GCGCUUAAUAACGGUGGUAGUGUGAACUGACGCUAGGGAAGCGGAGUCAGGAAACAUGGCAGACGAGGAGGACGCGGCUCCGGAGCCUGCCGCUGCCUCUCCACCGGUGAGCCCUCCCUCCGAGCGGCCUCACUUUGUAUCUUUCUCCGAGAGUGUCCAGCCGGCUGUCGGAAUGAUGAGCCAGCUGCUGAGCCAGCCGUCUUCCCUCAAGUUUGAUAAAAACAUCAAACAGGCCUUCUACAACACGGGGGCGAUGAUCUUCGUGGCUAUCUGCUGCGGGGCAGCGGUGCUCGUCUACUUCAUCCUGGAGGCCUUCCUCCGCCCGUUACUGUGGGCUACACUCUGCGGAACCUUUCUCCACCCCUUCAAGCACUCUUUAGCUCGGCUUGGCCGCUCCUGGCUCAGCGGCCUGCAGGAAACCGGGACGCCCAUCGUGCUGGGGACCCUGCUGGUCCCAGUGUCGUGCGUGAACUACGGGGUGGACGCGAUGGGCCGGCUGGUGCUGGAGAGGCUCACGGUGCUGCUGGCGAUCGGGGCUGGGGCGCCGCUGAUCUAUUUCCUCUACUUGUCCUGGAGCGUGAUCGGCAUGCAGGUGAUCCUGGGGCACGUUUGCGGUGUCAUCGGAGCCUUUCUGGACUGUUUUCACACAGUGUGGGUGAGUGAUCGGCCCGUGGGUACACACCCCUCUCUGAAAGCAACAAAAGCUCAACUGUGUCAGUAAGUGGAAACCGCUGGGUGGGUGAGGCCAGCAUGCCAACUGAGUCACUACUAAAAAGCACAAAGAGGAACUCGAUCAGAUUCUUGGUCAGAUGUUUGAUUCCUUGUUAAGUUUUGUCUGUAUUUAGGGCUGGGCGAUAAAACGAUAACGAUAUAUAUCGAAAAUUAUUUUCCCCGAUAUCGAUAUGAAACAUGGUCCAAAUGCUUUUUGCUAGUCAGCAUUCUGCCAUGUUUUGGUAGACUAUAUGAAUAGCCAAUGAAAAGGGGAAUUUCUCUGGGUCUACUUCGGGUCGAACCAAUCGUGCUGAAUUAGAACCAAGUAGCAAAUGAACUGCGUAGUAGCAGGCUGCAGCUACACACAACCAUAGCACUUUAAUUCGUGAAGCCAACAGCACUGUCAGUGAGAAAAAAAGAAAAUGAGGGUUACCCCUGCACAAAUGCAAGACUCAACAGAUGAUGACAUCGGCGACAACACUGGCAUGAAAACGUUGGUGGUGUGGAGGUAUUUUGUUUUUUUUAGGUUGGAUAUGAAGCAGAGUAAUGUGAACUGCAAAUUAUGUUGAGUACAUGUUCUCCCAAAGUUGGGGAAUACCUCAAACCAUUUUCACCACCUGAAGCAGUGCCACGCCCCAGAGCACACACAAUGCAAAAGGUUACAAACCCCAAGCGGAGCAAGGAGCCCAUGGCGCCUGUGAAACAGCCGACCAUUCAGUCCGCUUUUUCUAGCGCAACGCCUUACGACAAAACGUCAAAGAGACACAAAGACCUCACAGAUGCAGAAGCUUAUGGUACAGCAAAAGACAUGCUACCAAUAAGCACUGUUAAAUUCCAUUUUUUAUAUCGAUACCCAGCCCUACCUGUAAUGAUUGUCAAUCUCUAUUCGGAAACUAAGUUUAGAGACAGAAUGGUUUAGGCUGAAGAUAUUUAACUGCAACAACAUUCAGUCUUAGUUUCCUGCACAAACUCAGAAACAGCUGAUUGUCUGAUUAUUGCAAAUAAAUUAGCGGAAGUUCAAGGUAUAGUCCUUUUUGGAUUAGCAUUAGCCACCAAUCUAGUUUGUUUGUACUGAAUAUUUUUGUUCUUGUUCCGGGUCUGCAAAAAUUGUUAACAUGAAUUUGAAAAAGUAGUUGCUAUUUGCACUUGAAUUCAGUAAUGGACAGACCAAACUACAAAAACAAACAACUCUUUAUUAAGAAAACAGCUCAUGUAGCAUGUGAUGUUAACUUUAAUUGUCAAGAACAAGUUUUAUUAUUAUUAUCAAAUGACUCCACAUGAUAUCAUAUCAUCAUCCCAACACAAUCCCUGAAACCAAACAGACUUUCACACAGAGUACACGACUAUAAUGGCAUUAACAUAUUAAUCUUACAGAAAAAAAGGGGUUUUCAGGAACUUCUGCUCCAACUUUUCAAUCAAUACCUUAUUAUUCCUACACAGCUCUGGAGGUCUGAGCUUAGCUUCACUUUGAUUUGAUCCAAAUUGAGUUUAACGUUUCUCCCCAGACAGUCUGUCCUUUCUCCCGACACAGAGGUGAAUCGACACAGGGCCCUUGUCUAUAAAUAGGCCAAAGAAACUAUAUUAAAUUACACUGAAAGAUGUCUUUGUGCAGAGAGAAGCGAGCUGGACCUUUGUGUUCAGAUGAUUUCAGACAUUAGUUUUCAUGCUGGACUCACUCAACAUUGUUAACCAUGGUCAAAGGUUAACAAGGAAAGCCCAGAGAAAACAGUCUGAUUCGGGUUAAAGUAGCAGACAUUCUUCUACAGAUGUGAAUGUUGUAAAAGUUUAUUCUUAAAGUGUUAUACAAGUUUUUUAAACCUGUCAGGAGGCUCACAAAUAUUUUUGUUUUUCACACUCUUCUCUCUGACUCUUUGGCGUCUCCUCAGGUGUGCACUGUGGUGUUUGGCUACCUGUUGGCUGUUUGUUUCAAAUGGGGUCCCCACACUGAGCAUUACCUACGGGCUGUGGCUCUUCCUGUGUGGUCUGUCCUGCUCUUCUACAUAGGUGAGUGAGCCUUUAUGGGGAAAACCUGCUCAGACAAGUUAGUCUUCAUUUCAGACUUUAUGUUCACUUUGUUUUCACAGACAAGUUUUUUUUGUUUUUCUUGCAUUUUUGCAAACUUCGGUGAACAGGUAUUUUGUAGCUGGAGGCAAUCUUAGAGACAAACAGCCCCAAACCAGUUUUAGCUCUCUGGUGGAGAUUAAACGGUGUCUUUACUGGUCCACCAUCAGACAGAGCACAUGCUGAGCAGAUGAGAAAGUCUCCAGUAUUUUUAGCACACUUGACCUUCAUGCAUGAAAUGUUAAAAGUGACUGAGUGCCUGUUUAAAACUGCCACCACAUGAUUAGACGAUUAUCACAUUCCCUCAGCUAUUAUGUAGACUUGAGAAACUUUUAAUUCCCCUCACAGUACUUAUCUAGUAGUCCGCCAGAAGUUUGUAUUUUCCCCAAAAAUGAAAGCUAUUUUAACACUUCGCUUACUCAUCUUCCUGUUUUAGUGUCUUUGACCGGCUCCUGGAGAGUGCCCAUGUUUGUGGUUAUGGUUAUACUCUUGAUCGUGGGCUCCCAAGAGAAACCGCCGGUCCCUGGCAGAGGUGAAUACUCAACACACCUACACAAGGAUAUUUAAAUUCACCAUUUAGACACCUCUGCUCACCCCAGCUGGGUUUUAACACAUUUUAAUAAAAGGAAACUGAUAGUUUUUAAAAGGAAGUAAACAUUGCAAAGUAACGUGUUUAUGUUUUCUUACCGAGUACCUCAGGUGAGAUCAUGUUAACACAGAAAGUUAUCAGACUCUCAAAUAAAAAAUAGGACGUUUUUGUGAUUUUUUAAAAACUUUUUUUUGUCUCCCUCACCCUCUCAGGAGAGCUGUCUGGACAGGUACUGUCAUUCGCUGCUAACACUAUUUACAUGGCCAUCUCCUGUAGCAACCUAAAGCCAAAAGCUGAGCCCAGUGAAAGCUCGAUUACAGGUGAGACAAGAAAGCUUUACUUCAAACAGGAAUGUAGGUCAACAUUCAGAGAAGAGAAACUCUCAACACUUCCUCUUUGGCAUCAUUGUUGAAACUUCAGUGGUUUGCACUUGCUGCAUGAAACGAAACUGAUGUCUGUCCUUAUUUCUUUAUCUUUAUCUUCCUCUGUGCUUUCUUUGUCAUCUCCUUCAAAGAUGGAGUGCACUCUGUGGGCCCUCCUCCUUGCACUCCGGGAUUUCCCCGGGGCUCCCGUUCAUUACCAGCCGGCCUCUUCCAGAGAGAGAAAAGCACGCACAGGGCCAGUGACAUCUACUUUAUUCUGCUGGUGUGGGCCUUCGUGCUGGUUCAGGUGUGGCUCAACCUGUGGAUUCUACAGCUGCUGCCGAUACCUGUGGCUGGUAACAUCACGCUCAAACACAUACACACACACAUACACACGCAUGCAGUCUUUUUCACACAGUUCUUCUUACAUCUGUUCAGACUAAUGUUGCAUUGAUGCUUCAGUGUGGGUGCUGAAGAAGCUGGUGGUCCGCUUUGGUCUGAAGAGCUUUGCAGAACGGACUCUCAGCUCGUGGUGGGCGGUGUUGGAGAGGCAGGGACGUGAGCGAGAGGAGGCCCUGCUGCCCGGACCAAUCAAAGGCCUGGCUCAGUUUCUGCUGCGUAUCGACACAAAGGUAAUGUUGCUGACUGAUUUUAAGGUGCCAGAGGGCUCUCUUUAAUGGCUCUGUCUCUGUUUUUACAUUGUCAUCUAGCACACACAAUUCUGUCAAAGUUCAGUAUCUUAGUCACUGUGUGGAUUCAAGGUGCCUGGUGCUUAAUCAGUACUGUCUGCACAAGAGGAAGUUUUAGCUUAGCACAGAGUUGACAGAGCAAUAUUUGAAAUAGUUCAACAAUGUGGGACAACUUUAAACUUUGGGUAUAAUAAAGAUAAGAGCACUUACUUUAUUUUUGGAAGAAGUUAGACAAAGUUUUGCAGAGAGAUACCUACUCUAGGUCUUUCCCUUCCCCCAAACCAUGUAACUGACAAACAUGAAAAGAAGGCCACUGAGGAUUUCUGAUGCAGAUUUUGAACUCAGCUGUUUCAUGGAAGAAAAUAAAUGUUCAUUACAUUUCAGGAAAAAGUUUUACUCUGCUGCUCAUGUUCUAAUACAGGUUUAGAUUUUAAAUAAGUCAACACAAGCCCUGAAAUCACAUUUAUCAUUUUUCAGUAAAAAUAGGAUAAAGAAUAAUAAGAAAUUAAGAUCUCAAUCCUUGUUCUGGUCCAGUCUCUUCACCCUCACUUGGAAAUAAUACUCCUGCUUUCUACUUACAGUCUCUUUUCAGCCAAGUCUUAGUUAGAUCAGUGCCCAGGAUGUAAAAGGCACACUCAACGCAUUUUUGUUUUUUACAGGAGUGAGUAACCCAGUCAACAGAGGUUGUCCCGAAAGGUACUUCUGCUGGAUAAACACAGUUAUGGCGGUAGACAAAAAUAGCUUAAGAGUGUUUAACAUACCGUAUUUUUCGGGCAAUAUGGCGCACUGUGAAUCAACAUGUCUAUGUUCACACAUAAGGCGCACUAGAUUGUAAGGCGCAUUAAGCAUUGAUUGGUUUAUUGUUGGUAGCGAGUACUCCAGGCCUGGGCUGCCUUACAUGAAUGCACCUCUAGUUUCGACAUUACAGUCAGGCAGUCUUGUAGACUGCUCAGCAGUCCCGUUAUGGAGCCGAUCAGGUAGUGACAAAGCGUACUGUAAUGCUCCAAAUAUACACUGAGCGGAGCAGUUUCAUUGCUUACCAAAGUCAUACUAACGCGUUUGGACAGAUUUUUGAGCGCAUUGUACUAUGGAUUCAGAUUGUACCACAUAAAAUCAGUCAGUAAGCACAACAAGUAACCAUACAUAAGGCGCGCUAGAUUAUAAGGCGCACUGUCAUUUUUUGAGAAAAUGUAAUUUUUUUAGUGCGCCUUUAGUCCGAAAAAUACAGUAGAUAUUUGAUGUGUUAGCACUCCCCCCCCUAGAGGAAUAAGCUUUUAUUCCAAUGGAACAUGUUUGUUACUUCUCUUUCUGUCUCUGUUGCCUGCAGAGCAAAUGUAGAGACACAACUCCCAACACUUUGGUCAGUAGUCAAGUUAAGGAGUGCAAGACUGUUCACUAGAUUAUCACCAGCAGAUGGCAGUAAAAGAGAAUUGAUCAAAUAGUCAGGAGGGCCUGUGCAAACAGUUAUCCUUCACUGCAAUAGCUUCACCGUCUGCUGUCAUGUUUGUACACCCCUGUUCAGCUAUAGACGUAAGAGAUGGAAUGGUGUUGAACAAGAGAAGUCAAAGGCAGAAUUUGCCCUCUACUGACCGAAAAAGGUACUGCAACUCAUUUUUCAUCUCAUCAGUCUGAAUCCUCCUGCAUCUGUACUGAUUUUAAAUCCAGUUCAAAUAUCCACAUCAGCCUCUCCCCUCUAGGGGAAAAUGGACUGACUCGACUUGUGCACAAAAGACAUAAAUCAAACUUAGACAAAGACGAAUUCUACAUAAAAACUAAAAAAGAUGAGAUGAGAUCUAGAAAGAACUCUGUCCACUGUCUGGUAAGGUACCGCCACAUCUCUAGUGCUCAUGAAGUGCUGUUUUGUGAUGCUGCCCCUAAAUUUUCUACCUUCAAUGAAAGAGAAAAUGAACAGCUACAGCUGGUGAACAGUGUGAAUCAUUCAAAGUUUGAAGCCCAUAUUUCUGAAAAAGGGAGUUAAAGGGACAUUCCGGUGUAAAAUUAAUUUAGGGUCAAACACACCGUAACACAGAGUUAGAGACCCCCUUGAGAGAUGAAUGUUGGUGACCGCUUGCUUCUUUAGUUAUACCAACUUUAGUGAUGAUCACAGAUAGCGAUAAACAGCGGUCUGAGGAGCCAUAAACAAACCUAAACCAAAACGCCACUCUAUAGCCACAAAUAAUGCUCAGAACAGCACCUAACUUCAUCAACGGUACAUACAGGGUUCCAGCCACCAAACAUCUUUAAUUUCUUUAGCAAAGAGACUAAACACAACUUACCUACUCUCAUCCAGCAGCUGCUUGUUUGUAGUGAGACCUCGGGCCAGUCCAUUAUGGACUACAGCGGGGUGACGCAGCUUAAGGAAGAACAUUUAUAAUCAUUUCUUCAUGGAAAUGCAAUCAGACCGAGACGCUAAGGCAGAAGAACUACCACAUCUGCAGUGCAAAAUGAUUAAUAUGAUGAUUAUUACUUGAAGGAAAUGAUAAAGUAAUGAUGUGGCUGGGACCCUUUAUGUACUGUUGAUGAAGUUAGGUGCUGUUCUGAGCAUUAUUUGUGGCGUUUUGGUUGAGGUUUGUUUAUGGCUCCUUAGACCGCUGUGUAUUGCUAUUGUGCGGUCGUUACUAAAGUUGAUAUAAUACAGAAUAUAAUAGAGUAUAAUAGAGAAGCAAGCAUUUGGUAACAUUCAUCUCUUGAGGGGGUGUCUAACUCGGUGUUAUGGUAUGUUUGACACUGAAUUAAUAAUACGCCGGAAUAUCCCUUUAAUAUCUCACUUGCAUUUGUCAAAUAAACACUAACAUAAACUCCCCCUGCUGACAUCUUUGACACGAAAGGUUGUCUUUCCCCUGAUGUUUUUGGGAGUCUGUUGGUCAUGUGUUGAUCACAAUGACUUGCAUCCUACAGUUCAGCCACACUCCCUGUAUGUGGUGUAUUUAACCUGCCUGCCACACUUCUCUUCCCGACCUCUGACUGCCUGUACCCAAGAGGCCGUGUUCUUGUCGCACGGGUACAUGUGAUGACUGCUGCACAGAUCUUUCCAAAAAUAAUCUUCCCAAUGUCUCUUUGUCUCCUCCCCAAGCUCUGGCAUUGGCUUAACAAGCAGGUAAUGACAUAGAGGAGCAGAGUGCUGAGAGAAAGUGUGUAUGAGCGAAAACACAGAUUAAAAAUAACCUGUCCAUAUGUGUGGGUGUGGGUGGAGGCGUGAGCACACCUUGUAGUAGCUUGGACUGGCACUUUACCCAUCCACUGUCAUCACCCUGUCAUCCUGUCUUUUUGUUUGUCCUCUCGCUGCUUUCUCUGCUGCCUGCUUUAUUUUUGAGAGGAAGCUACAGUCGAGCUGAGGUUUUUUUUUUUUUUCUGUCCCUCGGCCUCGUCUGUACCUUCCCUGCUGCCCUGCUGUGACCUAACCCAGCGGGUUUGGCUGGAGAGUGAAUGAGCUGCAUGAAGAGAUUGCUGAUGUAGACAGAGCGGAGCAGAGAUGGAGAAAAGGGCAGGGUGUCUGGACACAUUGGUCUGUAAUCUACGGGUUGACUGUGUUUUUCAGAAUAGAUGUAAGAGGACCACGGCUCUGACUUGGCAGGGUUUAGAUCUAAUAAAGCUGAGACGUUUUAUAGAGGUGAUAUAUGAAAACACCACUCAGCUUAUUAACACUAAAAAGAAUAACCUUUAUGUUCUGGAUUCUCCUUGUGGUGUUUUGUAGUGAUUUGACCAUUUCUUCAAAAGUUUUAGAUCCAAGAGACAAAGAUGAUAGUUGUCAAAAAAUAAACUGUCCUGCUACAAUAGAGAAGCUCAAAGAGGCCAAACGAGAGAAAAAAUGGACGUCUGUUUCGUUGAAAUCUAAUCUGAAUCAAGCGCUUUUUUUCUUUCCUACAAAAAUGGAACAGUCUAGGCAUCCAAAUCCUUCAAGAGCUUUUGCUUCUGGGGAAUAGUGCUUCAUUGUUGUCGGUUGAUAAACUAGUUUGCCCUUUUGUAGAGAAGUGUCCUCUGUAACAGAUCCUCUUUCAGUCCCGUAACCUGAUCUUAACACAAGGCUUUUGUGACAUUAACACACAUAAUUCUGGAGACUAAAUUUGUCAUAGGUUUGCUGUGAUGCAGUUGUGGAUCAUUGAGAAACCUGGGUGAAGUAUUUUCGACACUUUUGAACGGCGUUAACUUUAAAAGGCUGGAGUGCUUUUAGAAUUAAAGGUAGCGGAAUAAUGAAAGUCAUGCAUUCAGAGGCACACAGCCCGAGUUUUUCAUUUGCAUGUUUCCAGCUGCAAAGAUGUGUGCAUGCAUGGUACAGAUAACUCAGACUUUGACUGACAGAGUCUUAAACUUUUUUUCAAGUGGGUGGAUUUCAAACCUAAAUUGGAAGAUCACAGGUUUCUCCAUGUUUCUUAGUUACACUUUCUCCUCAGCCUCCUCAGAAUAGCAAUGACUUUAUAUCUUCUCUCCUUCACCCCCCUCUUUGUUUCCUGUCGCUGUCUUCCUCCUCUCUCUACCUGUGCAGAUGAUUGUGUGGUUGGAGCGAUCUCUGGAUAAAAUCAUCAGCAUCUUCAUCAUCUUCCUUCUGGUCACAGGGACGUUGCUCAUGGCUCUUCUGCUCACUGCCAUGGUAUGUUGUUACUCCUUUAAGUCACUGCAUACGCUCACAUUAGAGACAUCGUCCCGUAUAACUGUUAUCCUUUUAGGUACAUCAUGAAAGCGCACAUAUCAUCGACGUAACAAGUAAUCUCAUCAACGAAACCGUGUCCAACCAUCCAGAAUGGGCCAAGUAGGAAACUUUCUACUUUGGAAGAUUUAUCUCUCUCUUUGGAUGUAAUAAUGUCAUCAGCUAAACUCUUUUUUUUUUUUCCUCCUUCAGUUGGCUUCCAGAGGCUCGCGUGGUGCAGAAGGCUCUGAACUCAGCUGCGACUAAUGUCUAUCAACAUGGUAGAGAAUGGAUAACACAUAAGGUGAGGAUAACAGCUGCUGUGGUGCUGCUCUGGGAUUUAAGCAAAACCUAAAAACUUUGUCUUUCUUCUUCUUUGUAGCUUCAUAAGAUGUUAGGAGACAAAGUAAACCACACAGCUGUGAUUGAGAAACAAGUUUUGGAGCUUUGGGACCGACUGUACCACUCCUGGUUUGUGAAGGUAGUGUGAGGACAGCCCGGUAUGUUGAAGCCCUUGACGUGAAAAGAUGUUUAAAUAUCUUAUUCUCAAAAAUCAUGUUUCAAACAGAACACGACCCACACUGGACGCCAUCGGGGUCACAAGAUGAUGGCGCAGAGAUCGAACAACUGGUUGGUUGACAUCCUGGACUGGAAGGACAUUGCCUCAUUUCUGCAGGAGAAUAUUGAGACCCUGCUCUCUGUAAGUUUUUGUGAGUUUGGUUUGUGAGGAGUUUUCAGCUUCUUAUAUAACUGAGUAAAUUCAACAGUGAUACCUGAAAACGAUCAAGACCAUCAUCAACAAGACUGACGAUUUCUGUAUCACAGUUUUAAUACCUGUAUCCACUACGAGAGGCUAGGUGUGGAGGCACACUGAGGAAAUUUACUCUUUUUGUUUUUAUACAGCAAGUACUCACAGUGAGGAGUAUAUGUGACAUUCAAAAGACAGCAGGAGGAGACGAAAGCACCACGAACACAUGCACAAAAUAAACUCAUUUUAGAAAAGAGGUGGUGAUGCUACAUGUGGCACAAACAGAGAGUUCAUCAUAAGAGCUUUCAGUGAUGUUUGCUGUCAUUUCAAAAACAUUUGUCCAAAGCCCUUUAAGAAGGAAGGAUUCAACAUCAUGUUCGUCAUUAUUUUUCUUGGAAACUGCAGAGACAGAAAUAAAUGUGUUGUUUCUCUGCCAUGCCAUGGCUGGCUGACAGUGGGUGUCGUAACAUCUGGAAGUUAUUGAGAGCUUUACAGCUCCGUGUCUCCACCCUUCCUGUUGUUGAUAUGUUUGCUGUUGCCUUGUUUUUUUUUUUUGUAGAUCCUGGAGUCUCUGUGGGUGGUGAUGAGUCGAAAUGUUGGCCUCCUCAUCUCCACGACCACCACUCUUGUCACCGUCCUGUUUCACAGCGGCACAGCUCUGCUCAACUUCGCCCUCAGUCUGGUAUGAACCUCUCGCCAUCAAAUACUAAUACUUUAGUGGAAUAAUGAGGAUGUCUUGUUGGGGAAAGAAAAGGAAAAUUUUAAAAUUUUAUCAGGCAGCAAACCGGAACAUUUGAGUUUAAAUGUCCUGUGAGUUUUUUCUCGGCUGUAAAACAGAAAAUUGAUCGAAUGAUUGAUUGUUUCUUUCCUAUAUUGAACAAAUUUGGUCGACAUGUUGCCUUUUAUUACGCAGGUCAUUUUCCUGACCACUCUCUUCUACCUGCUGAGCUCCAGCGGUGAAUACUACAAACCUGUGAAAUGGGUGAUCAGCCUGACCCCCCUCUCCCAGCCUGGACCCUCCUCUAAUAUCAUAGGCCAGUCCGUGGAGGAGGCCAUCAGGUAGAGGAGUCCUCUUUUGAAUACGCUGACAUCAAAAUAAUGUAAAAAACAAAAACUUUGUUUUUUUCUGACCUUUUGUGUUUGUUUCUCUUAAAGAGGAGUGUUUGACGCCUCUUUUAAGAUGGCGGGCUUCUACGGCCUCUACACUUGGCUGACACACACCAUCUUUGGCAUCAACAUCGUCUUCAUUCCCUCAGGUGAGUCUGCAUGUUCAGAGCUGUUCCACUACCUGUACCUGCCAGGCCACAGUUGUUGUUUUCUCACUCCGAUAAUCCCUCCCUCUCAUUCGGAAGCUUUGGCUGCCAUCCUGGGUGCCGUGCCGUUCCUCGGGACAUACUGGGCGGCGGUGCCAGCAGUGUGUGACCUGUGGCUGGCACAGGGAGAAGGCGUUAAGGCGGUUCUGCUGCUGAUCUGCCACCUGCUCCCGACCUAUUUUGUGGACACAGCAAUCUACUCCGACAUAUCAGGGUAGGUCAACAAGCAUAAACCAAAUGCUUUGUUGGUAAAUGAAUACGGCUCAGAAAAGAAAGGACUCUGUCAGCGAGGUCUAAAAAUAGUGCUUCUUUCUGCGUCAGUCAGUUUCAUAACCAUCAGCUGUUUGAGAUGGACCUGACAAAAAAAACAGCAGGCCGGAUAAUACUCCAGCUCGGCUUUUAUUGGCAGCCAGACUUCCUGUUGAAAUCUGUUUCCUGUUGUGCUGCCUCCCAUGUUUGUUUCUGACUCAUUUGGAGCUGCUUCACGUCAUGAUAAGAUGUUAGAAAAAGGUUCAUGUUGAUCACCUUUUAAGGUCAGGUAGAUUCUGACUCAUAGUUCAGUAUAUUUAAAUCUUCUAAAAUGAUGUUUGAGAAUUCUCUCUGUCCUGAUUUCUUGUUUUUAUGUCUCAGGGGUGGACACCCGUAUCUGACAGGUCUUGCAGUGGCAGGUGGAGCGUACUAUCUGGGUCUGGAGGGCGCCAUCAUCGGGCCGAUCCUCCUCUGCAUCCUGGUAGUUGCAGCAAACAUCUACAGUGCCAUGCUGAUGAGCCCGAGCUCAACGCUGCCAACACCUGUGCAGUCCACCUGGCCGCUGCACCCCAUGAGGUAAAAUUUUGACCUGAGAUAUAAACGUGAUACGGUGUAUCUUCAGAUACGUGACCGCCCAACAUUACUACCCUCUUAUUCUUCAUCCUCAGGACCUUCACAGACUCCACCCCCUCUGUCCUGAAGACGAACAGUGAGUGAGAGCGAGAGGAUUGAUUCCUGUGGCGUGCCAUUGGAUGAAUUCCUCUAUGGAUCCGCUCUCCUUCCUGAUGCUCCUCCCACGCCGCCUGUCCGGCUCUACAGGAGUCAGUCCCUGACACAGAAGAGAAGGUGGCUGAAUGGUUGGUUACCCAUGAUGCCGCUCUUUUCCAGAAUGCUUUAUUUAGCAUUACGCCUCUCGCUGCUCUCAGUCGAGACCCAAAAACGAUGAAAGUAGUCGUUCAUCCUGAUCCCAAAUAUGGACCAACUUUUGCACAUUAGGGUGUGGUUGGCAGAGAUGUUGAUGCUAAUCAAUCAUCUCUCUGUACGGUGUGCCUGUAAGGAUUUUGAUUCAUUUAGAAAAGGUUAAAAUAACCAUGUUUUGUGUUAAAAAAUUAGAUUAUUCCAUAUAUUUUUAUCUUCAAGCCCAUGAUUUCCACCUGCACUCCUCAGCUGUGAACGUGGCCGUGUAGUAUUUGUACUCCCUACCUCUCUCCUCACGGAGGCUCAAGUCGAGUUUAUAGCGACGGUUGAUUUGCUUAAAGAUGAACUGAAGUCUUCAAGUCUGGCUCAGGGCGAGGAGUUCACGACUGUUUUUUAGUUUAACUUGACGUCAUUCUUGUUUCAGUGAUAGUAACCAAAAGAUCUCUGCCAACUAGACUCCCACUCCUCUCCUGAACCAGGUUUACUCCACUCUGCCCCUUUUUUGUAUAUGUUUUAGCUUUUCCUUUAAAAGCUACAAUUUCAGACUGAUGUCAAUUACUUAAGAGGGUCAGAGUAACUGUGGUGUUUUCAAGGAGAUUAGUCUUACUCUGAUACCAGAGGUUUGCUGAGGGACUUUCUUACAUUUGGUAUUUAUUUCAAAGUUAACUUGUGUGUUUUUUUUUUAAGUGCAUACAGACAAAGCAAAGUGUUUUAACUCAGCGAGCUGAUUCACACUGACGCUCAGAGUAACUCUUGAUGAGCUUGACUGAGAAUUCAAAACUCUGGUAAGACUCAUUUUGUCUCUGGUUUUAAAAAUUAAAAAGCAAUUUCUUUGUUUUCUUUUAACCUCAUGUAUGCUACACUUUAACGUUCUUUAAGUAUAGUCUGAGCUCUUCUCAUAACAGAGAGUAUGAAGACGUUUACAUCAUUUAAAGCUUUAAUAAACAAGCUGUCCAUGUGAAUGGAGUAUGUAAUGAGAAACAUUAAUCAAACAUGGCUACUGUGUUAGCUGCCUGGGGUUGUGAUGUGCCCUCGGUUUAACCAGCGUGUGGUUCAGCAAUAGUUCACUGUUCAACUGAAUUACUAUGGUUUGCAUUUGGUACUGUUUCAUUUUUUAUUACUGGAUAUGCACUGACACAAUAAAACAUCAUUUAAACUCCAGCCGCUUCACUGUGAC